AUGAGGAAGGGACUGUGUCGCAGCCGCCCGCGCAACAGCAACAGCAACAAAAAGAAACAGGUUGAAGAAAAGCCAGCAAUUAUCUUUCCUUUGACACCUCUACACAAGGCUUGUCACGAGGGCAAUUUGUCCAGAGUCAUCGAGCUGCUUGCGGACAAAGAGCAGGUCGUUGCUUCAACCGACAAAGAAGAAGAAACUUCAUUGACUGUGGAACAAAUGAUCAACCGCCGCGUUGGUCCGGAUUUCAUGACCUGCCUCCACUACGCAGCCGAGGCUGCAUCCAUACAACGACAAUCUGAGCAGCAGCCGCAGCCAGACGAAGGGCAAACAAACACUGUGGACAACGAAACAGCGGCUUCCAUCGUUAUCCAUCUAUUGGUAGAGGGCCACGCCGACCCCUCCAUUGUAGAUGCCCGCAGUCGUCCGCCAUACUUUUUGGCAUCCCACGACAAAAUACGAGAUGCAUUCCGCAUGGCCAGAGCCACUCUUGGAGAAGACUACUGCAAAUGGGACACCAAAGCCAAAGUAGGGCCAGCAUUGACGGUAGACGAUCUUCAAGCAAAAAGGUCAGAGGCAGGCCGAAAAGAACGCCAAGAAGCGUGCUCGACAAAGGCAGAAAAAGGCAGAGGAAAAGGCUCAAGCGGAACACGAUCAAAGACAACGGGAGCUGGCUGA